AUGCAUUGGAUCCACAUUUUGGUACCACAAGAUGAUGAGAUGUUAGCUGUACCUGGAAAACCCUUCCCUAAAUAUGAAGAUAUCAUAAUAAAUGGAGAUGGUUUGGAUGACCCUGAGAUCAAGGCAGUUAUAGAUUUCGAAUCAGCAGAAGGUGAAGCAUUAUUGGAUUAUUUACAAAACAACACGGGUCGUGUCAUAGAUUCACCCAACGUUCUGCUUCUUAUUGAGGAUGCUUUAUUGAUUGAAAAAGAUAACGAUCUCGAUUUGUCUGCCUGGACUGAUUCUGGUUUUGAGCAAUAUCUAGUACCACUCACCUCCAUUAUUUUCGAUAUUUGGGGCUCUUCCCAAUAUAUGAAAAUUCGCACUUCAGCUUUAUUUAAGGAUAUGACCAACAGACUUGAUAAUCUGAUUGCAGGAUCCGACGACCAAAAAAUGUUGUUGUAUUCAGCCCAUGACGCAACUGUUGGUGGAAUGCUUCAUUUCCUUGGAAUUCGAGAUCAGACGGUUGCUAAGUCAUCCUACGCAGCGUCACUUAAUUUGGAGCUUUAUGAAAAUUCAGAGAUAGAGGACGAUAAUGAAGUGAAGCGCAUUUUCCAGUUGCUAUAUUUUACAUCUUACGUCGGCGAGAACCCUGUCGAAAUCAACAUUGCCGAUUGCCAGGCACCAUGUCCUUACAAGCGAUUCAAGAUUAACAUCAAGCGGAAACUUAUACCGGAUUAUGGCAGUGCAUGCUCUUUAUGA